ACUCCCAGCGGAUCAUGGAUGCAGGAAGCUCCGGAGCCGGCUCCGGUGUAGGUUUGAGGAUGUGGCUUCUGUGCGUCCUGCUGCUGUCGUUGCUCUCUGCAGUAGCCGUGGGUACCGACUCCAAGGCUGUCACCACCACACUCACAACAAAAUGGACUGACACUCCUCUGCUGCUCGAGGCCAGUGAGUUCCUGGCAGAGGAGAGCCAGGAGAAGUUCUGGGACUUUGUGGAAGCCAAUCAGAACAUAGAAGGAGAACACGACGACACAGAUCUGGCCUACUAUGAACUGAUUGUGAAGAGAGCCGGUGCCUUGCUCAGCUCCGUCCAGGUGAACAUGCUGAAGUUCGCCCUCUCCCUGAGAGCCUACUCUGCAACAGUAUACUCCCUCCAACAGAUUGCGUCCAAUGAGCCUCCUCCCUCUGGCUGCUCAGCCUUUUUUAGCGUCCAUGGAGAGAAGACAUGCGAUACAGAAACUUUUGCAGCACUGCUGAAAACGGCACCGCAAAGGCAGAAGCCAUACCUGUUCAAAGGCGAUCACAAAUACCCAGGAUCCAAUCCAGACGCUCCCGUUGUCAUUCUGUAUGGAGAGUUAGGAAAACCAGACUUCCAGAAGCUUCACCAAGUCAUAUUAACCAAAGUCAAUGAAGGACUGGUGACUUACGUGCUCCGUCAUUACCUGGCUAAUCCAGGCGGAAAGAAAGUCCAUCUGUCUGGGUACGGAGUGGAGCUGGCCAUCAAAAGCCAGGAAUACAAAGCAAAGGAUGACACACAAGUCCAAGGGGCGGAGGUGAACGCUACAAUGAUCGGAGAGAAUGAUCCAGUGGACGAGGUCCAGGGAUUCCUUUUUGGCAAACUGAAGAGCGUCUACCCAGAGCUGAAAGAGCAGUUAAAAGAGUUGAGGAAGCAUUUAGUAGAAAGCACCAAUGAAAUGGCACCCCUUAAAGUCUGGCAAAUGCAAGAUCUAAGUUUCCAGACAGCCGCUCGCAUCCUUGCUGCUCCUGCGGUUGAUGCCCUCAACGUUAUGAAAGACCUCAGUCAGAACUUUCCCACCAAAGCCAGAUCCAUCACAAAGACAGUGGUCAACUCCAACAUCCAAAAGGAGAUCGCAGAGAACCAGAAGUUUUUCAAAGGAACCCUCGGGCUGCAGCCUGGAGAUUCAGCACUGUUCAUCAAUGGGCUGCAUAUAGAUCUGGACACACAAGACAUCUUCAGCGUGUUUGAAGUGCUGCGCAGUGAGGCCCGGGUGAUGGAGGGUCUUCGCUCUCUUCACAUCGAGACACCCUACAUCCAUGACAUCCUGAAGCUCAACGUCCAGCCCUCUGACUCUGAUUAUGCCGUCGAUAUCCGCAACCCCGCCAUCAGUUGGAUUAACAACUUGGAGACAGACCACAGGUACAGCUCGUGGCCCUAUAAUGUGCAGGAGCUGCUCAGACCGACCUUCCCCGGAGUCAUCAGGCAGAUCCGCAAGAACUUCCACAAUCUGGUGAUGAUUCUGGAUCCAACCCAGGAAAACGCUGCUGAGCUCCUGAGCGUUGCAGAAAUGUUUUACUCGAACAACAUCCCGCUCAGGAUUGGGUUGGUGUUUGUGGUGUCAGAUGAAGACGACAUAGACGGUAUGCAGGAUGCGGGCGUGGCACUGGUCCGAGCCUACAACUACAUCAGCGAUGAGGUGGACAGCCAGAGCGCUUUUGAAGCCGUCAUCUCGAUGUUUAACCGUGUGCCCAUUGGUGCUAAGCUGAGUGUUGGGGAUGUAGUCAAAGUGCUGGAGAAGAGGUUCCCCUACGUAGAGGUCAGCAGCGUCCUGGGAGCCGACUCCAGCUACGACGGCAACAGGAAGGAAGGACGGGCAUAUUACGAGCAGACGGGGGUGGGUCCGUUACCUGUGGUCAUGUACAAUGGUGUACCUUACCCACGUGAACACCUGGACCCAGACGAACUGGAGACCGUCACCAUGCAAAAGAUCCUAGAGACUACCUCCUUCUACCAGAGAGCCGUCUACCUGGGCGAGCUGGCUACAGAUCACGACGUUGUGGACUACAUCAUGAACCAGCCCAGUGUCGUUCCUCGCAUCAACCCCAGGGUGCUGUCCACCAGCAGAACAUACCUCGACCUGUCUGAUACCAACAACCACUUUAUAGAUGAUUAUGCUCGCUUCUCCAGUCUGGACACCAAGGAGAAGAGCACUGCUGUGGCCAACAGCAUGAACUACAUGACUAAGAAAGAUGACGGCUACAUCCGUCCUGUGACCUUCUGGGUGGUCGGAGACUUUGACAAGCCCUCAGGACGCCAGCUCCUUUAUGAUGCCAUCAGACACAUGAAAACCAGCAACAAUGUACGACUGGGGAUGAUAAACAACCCAUCAGCUGAUCUAUCCGCUGAGACGAGCCGCGUGACUCGGGCGAUCUGGUCUGCCAUGCAGACGCAGUCCGCCAACAACGCCAAAAACUUCAUCACCAAGAUGGCUAAAGAAGAAACGGCCACAUCCUUGGAGAAGGGAGCCAACAUCGGAGACUUCGCUGUCGGGGGUAUGGAUGUGUCAUUGUUCAAGAGCGCAUAUGAGAGUCCCAAAUUUGACUUCCUGCUAUCCCACGCUGCCUACUGCCAAGAUGUGCUCAAACUGAAGAAGGGACAGAGAGCGGUUAUCAGCAACGGAAGAGUCAUUGGUCCACUGGAGGAGGAGGAGGUGUUUAACCAGGAUGACUUCCUUCUUUUGGAGAGUAUCGUCUUGAAGACGUCUGGAGAGCGAAUCAAAAGCAAAGUGCAACAGUUUGGAAUCGAGGAGGACAGGGCCAGUGACCUUGUGAUGAAGGUGGACGCUUUGCUCUCCUCUCAGCCCAAAGGAGAGGCCAGGGUGGAAUAUGGCUUUGCUGAUGACCGCUACAGUGCUGUGAAGAUCCGCCCAAAGGAAGGAGACGUGUACUUUGAUGUUAUUGCCGUGGUGGAUCCUGUAACCAGGGAAGCCCAGAAACUAGCUCCUCUCCUACUGGUUCUGAAGCAGCUGGUAAAUGUCAACUUGCGGGUCUUCAUGAACUGCCAGUCCAAGCUGUCAGAUAUGCCUUUGAAGAGUUUUUACCGUUACGUGUUGGAGCCGGAGGUGAUGUUCCAGGCGGACGGUAGCUUCUCUCCCGGACCAAUGGCCAAGUUCCUGGACAUGCCUCAGUCUCCUCUCUUCACCCUGAACCUCAACACACCAGAGAGCUGGAUGGUGGAGUCUGUGCGCACGCGGUAUGACCUGGACAACAUCUACCUGGAAGAGGUGGAGAAUAUUGUAGCAGCACAGUAUGAAUUGGAACACCUAUUGUUGGAGGGUCAUUGUUUUGACGUCAGUUCAGGCCAGCCACCACGUGGCCUCCAGUUCACUCUGGGAACCGCCUCUGAGCCGGUUCUCGUGGAUACAAUCGUCAUGGCAAAUCUGGGUUACUUCCAGCUGAAGGCGAACCCGGGUGCCUGGAUCCUGAAGCUGAGGAGAGGACGCUCUGAUGAUAUCUACAAGAUUUACAGCCACGAUGGCACAGACUCUCCUGCAGACUCUGAUGACAUUAUAGUCGUGCUGAACAACUUCAAGAGCAGAAUCAUUAAAGUCAAGGUCCAGAAGAAACCGGACAAGUUUAACGAGGAGCUGCUGAGUGACGGGACCGAGGAAACCGACACUGGAUUCUGGAAAUCUCUGACCAGAGGGUUCACAGGUGGAAAGACGGAGGAGCCAAAGCAAGAUAAGGACGAUGUGAUCAACAUCUUCUCUGUGGCCUCGGGACAUCUGUACGAGAGGUUCCUCAGGAUUAUGAUGCUGUCAGUUCUGAAGAACACCAAAACCCCCGUCAAGUUCUGGUUCCUCAAGAACUACCUGUCUCCAACUUUCAAGGAGUUCAUCCCCCACAUGGCAAAGGAAUACGGUUUCCAAUAUGAGCUGGUCCAGUAUAAGUGGCCUCGCUGGUUACACCAACAGACAGAGAAGCAGAGGAUCAUCUGGGGCUACAAGAUCCUGUUCCUGGACGUGCUGUUCCCCCUCGCUGUGGACAAGAUCUUGUUUGUGGACGCUGACCAGAUUGUGCGUACAGACCUAAAGGAGCUACGUGACUUCGACCUGGAAGGAGCUCCGUAUGGUUACACUCCGUUCUGCGAGAGUCGGAGGGAGAUGGACGGCUACCGCUUCUGGAAGUCCGGCUACUGGGCGAGUCACCUCGCUGGACGCAAGUACCACAUCAGCGCCCUGUAUGUGGUCGACCUGAAGAAGUUCAGGAAAAUAGCAGCAGGAGACCGACUCAGAGGACAGUACCAGGGACUCAGCCAAGACCCCAACAGUCUGUCCAACCUGGACCAGGAUCUACCCAACAACAUGAUCCACCAGGUGCCCAUCAAGUCUCUGCCUCAGGAGUGGCUGUGGUGUGAGACCUGGUGUGACGACAGCACCAAGAAGAGCGCCAAGACGAUAGACCUGUGUAACAACCCGAUGACUAAGGAGCCCAAGCUGCAGGCUGCUGUGAGGAUUGUGGCAGAGUGGACCGACUACGACCAGGAGAUCAAACGUCUGCAGACCAGAAAGCAGAAGGGAGCAACACAAAGCCCCACAGCACAGCAGCAAGGCACAGACACCCACACAGAGUUGUGAAGAUCCCGCGCCGAUGUGACGAGACGAUGAGACGAUGAACUGGACUCUGUUUAAAGAGUCUUCUUCAUUAAUAGGCUCCUCUCCUGCCUCGGGGACUGCUGACUGACCACACACCACUGCAAAACGGUUUAAAUAUUGUUCUGUUUCUGUUCUUUUUUAUAAAGUAUCAAGGGGAGUUAUAGUGGUCAGGUUUAACAGGUUUUUGUGUAUGUUCGUGUGUGUGUGUGUGUGUGUGUGCGUGUGUGUGUGUGUGUGUGCGGUGAGAAUGUAUUUUGUGAAUCAUGAAGAUAAAUAAUAUUUUUUUUCUUUCAGUAAUUUCCCUGUAAUAGAUGUCAGUCUGUGUAGGUUUUUGCACUGAUUGGGAUUCUGGUUCUGGCUGUGGUUGAAGCACAAAGGGAGGAGAAAAUCUCACCGCUAGUUAAAAAUACACACAAAUCAAACAUCUGGUGGUGGGGAGGUUUUCCAGUCACUGACCUCCUCUAGUUUGGCAAAGUGUGCAGGUUGACAUGAAAUACAGAAUUUUGCACACAGUUCCCACGUCCGUCUUGAAAUUUAGGAAUCCAUAUUUUCAGGCCUUGAAACCAGAGCUCAGUGAUAUGUUUGAAGUCAACAUUAUGGCAUCUACAGUUUUUGUCCCUCCUUUUAUGGCAAAUGAAUGAAUCACAGAGAAAAUUAUCAAACUUAUGUUAAAUGCAGCGAAAUAUGAUCUUACAUUCUUCAAACCUGUAAAACAAACUAUUGAAAAGGUUCUUUUGUUCAUUUUUAUGACUUUUUACUGGGAAAUAUUAAUUUGGAUGUCAGAAUUUUAUAAAACUAUAUUACAUUUUUGCCCCGCCCCUCUUGAGACGUUUCAAAAAUGCAAAAUAAAUCAUGAAAAUAAAUGUCACGUCGACACAUACAUAUUUUGGUAGAGUGGUCCACAAACCUCCACUCAUAAACCUCCACUCAUAAACCUUUAACUAAACAAGACUUUAAGGGAACAUUUGUGGAAUUUCUAAAAGAGCAGGAACACAGUUAAUGAUGUUUACAUUCAUCAAAUGAAAAUUCAAAACAAAUUCAGCAGAUUAGAUCACAUCCCCAGCUUUUUCGUGGAUUAUUAAUGUCACUGUGACUCUCAGGGAAAGAUGUUUGGAGCUCGUGUGGGUUACAGCGUUCAGUACGGAUCAGGAGAGAGGGGGGGAGGGGGGACAGGUGGGAUUUGAGUUUUGUGGUACUGUAAGGGAAAAGAAGCCAUGAUGUCCGAGCUUGGCUGAAAAAAUAUUUGAUUUGUGUACUUUUGGAGUACUUCAAUAAUCAUGGACUUAUGAUCAUUCUCUGUUUUGGCUGUCAGAUAUUUUUGUUAAAUAAAAUUCCCCAACAAUAAAA